AUGUUAAUGAAUCCUGAAAUUGCAACUCAAGAAUUAAAAGAAUUCUUGACACAUUUAGAAAUAAAUUUGAACAAUCUCCUGAAGGUACAGUCAUCAAAUAUGCUAGCUAAUGUAUCAAAACCACAAAUACAGCAAAAAAAACACGAUUAUGGUAUAGUUGAUUUGAAAGAGUUUGUUAAUGAUACACAACCUGUUAUUGAUUUGUUAACAAAAGAAUCUAUUUCAGAAGAGGAAAAAGGAUUUAAAAAUCAACUUAAAAAGGAAUGUAUUUUGUUUCAUGAUUUUAAUUCUUUUCAAAAUAUUAAAUUUAUUGAUAGUGGAUCAUUUGGAACAAUUUCUUCUGCAUCUUCAAAGCAUCCUCAAGGACUUGUAGCAUUGAAAUCCAUUAAUAUUGAUCAAAAAUAUCCUUUUGAACAACUUCUUAACGAGGCAAAACAACAUUGUAAAGUGGAAUUUCACAGUAAUAUAUUAAGAUUUUAUGGCAUAACAAAAGAAAAACAUAAAAAGAAUUACAUGUUUGUAUUAGAGUAUGCAAACAAUGGUAAUUUAUGUGAUUAUUUAAAAUCUAAUUUCAAUACAAUGGAUUGGAAUAUCAAAUUAAAAUUUGCAAAACAAAUUGUAAGUGCUGUAAAGCAUUUGCAUGAAAAUAAAAUAGUGCAUAGAGAUCUGCAUUCUAAAAAUAUUCUCAUUCAUGAUGGAAAUAUUAAAAUUUGUGAUUUUGGAAUCUCAAGAUCCUUAUUGGAUCCUUCAAUAGAAGCUUGUAAAAGAUUAGGUACAAUAAGAUACUCAGAUCCACAAUAUUUAGGGAAUAUUGAAAAUUAUAGCAAACGUGAAGCAAUAAUCAAGGGAACUCCAAGAAAAUAUGCAGAAAUAUAUACAGCAUGUUGGCAAGGAAGGCCAGAUCUCCGUCCUCAUAUUCAUGAAGUUAUGCAGGAUUUGGACAGUGUAGACAUAACUAACACUAUUGAAGAUAUUGUUAAUUUAACAGAUCAAACUAAUAAUGAAUUACAAAUUGAUGGUUUAUUAAAUUCAACAGGAACUUCAUUCUCAGCACAAAUUGAUAGUUUAAAUAACCAUUUAAAGGAGGAUAAAUUACAAAAUGAUUUAUUAUAUUCAACAGAACUUCUGUUAUCUGCAUGA